CUUCUCAUUUAUUUAAGUUCUUUGGGAAAGAUGCAGGGGAGACACGCCACCCCCAACCCAAUACUCCAUAAUGAUCUCAUCCAUGUCUUUAUCAUCUUCAUUAGUCUUCCCCAAUUCUUCAGCCACUCGUUCUCGUUUAAUAAUAAAGAUCACCCUAAAAUCCUUAUACCUACCCCCUCCUUCCGCCUCCUUCUCCAACUCAAUACCUGCCGCCGUUCCUCCUUCCCAACCAUCCCUCAAUUUACCCAUUCAAUGGUCAUGCAAUCAAAUUAAUCUCUAGUUGAUGGCGAUUGCAACAGAAAUGAAAGAUUCUUCCAUGGAGGAAGGAGACAAACAUGUGCAAAGGAAUCAGUACAAGCUCCGAGGAAAGUCGCAGCCGCCCGAUGUUUCUCGGGUCUCGCUAGCAGCAAAGAAUCACCGCACACUCCAACCAAAAAUUAGAAGGAAGCAGAUCUGGAUUUUGCACCCUUCUUCCAUCAAUCCAUAUCCUAUCGUCCACCUCACCAUCUUCUUCCUCAUUGCACACAAGCUCCAACGAUUCCCCUGAAACUCAGUGAAUCGGACAGAGAUAUUGUUGCAUGCGGACUAAAUUCACUUUCUUUCCGGCUUCCUCCAUCAAUCCAUUCUGGGAUUCAAUCUCCUGCAUCAGAUCGACGGAAAACAUCUCUGAUUUCUCUCCUACUCUGUCUCUGUAAAAUAAUUCGCGAAUUAGUUUACGAAAUUCACGCACCAACAUAAAUUAAUUCACAAAUUUUGUGCGAGUACCUUCAAAUCCGCGUUUCUGCGCUCCAAGUCGGGAUCGUCGACCCUUGCCCGAUGAAUUGUAUGACCUAAGUUCUGAUUGUUUUUUGACUCGCUUUUCCUAUUAAUUCUUACUUAAUUUUUCUUUUGCCCUUUGAAACAUGCGUCACAAGAUGCAUCUCGAUGAUGACGAUGAUUUGACCGAGGAGAGGGCCUGGUUGGUAGUUAGAGGAGGAAAAAAGCACAAUGGGGCAGCGACAGUGGGUGGGAGAGGAAGCGACAUAGAUUUGUUUUUUAUUUUUUAUUAAUAAUUUUUAUUACUAAUGUGUUCAUAUUUUCUAAUAAAUGUAUAUAGUAAAU